AUGAACAGAAGACAUCAACGAUGGAUGAGGCAACGAACGCUGCCACUAUUCAUGGUCACAGCGAUGUGCAUCAUCGGAUUAGAAGGGACGAUGAUAAGACCGUCCAGUACAACUCAUCACACAAAGGAUGCCGCGGCACAGCGGGACACUCAUCAGCCCGGACCAGUUGAUCCUUUGUUGGUGGAAGCAGUAGCCGCAACGGUGCCACGGAAUGGCAACAGCUCAUCCAGCCUGUCUGCCACCGAUCGACACCGGAGGCUGAUUCCUUACAUGCAGUACUACGUAACGUCGACGGCCGGAUCACCACCAUCCGGGGGACCCGAUAAUGCGGACUAUCAGCCGUCGUUCAACCAGGUCUAUAAUUAUAGGCCGAUCAAUGUUCCCGUCCGGCAGGAACCUACGGGCGACAUACGGCAAAAUUAUUACACUCCCAAGCACGCCAAACAGCAGCCUCAGUCGUACCGGCAGCAAGAAGAAACGCUUACGUACGAGGUACAGCAGCGACCGCUGGUACAGCACCGUAAGCCGUACUACAACGCGCAGACAAAGUUGAUUUCAUCCACCGGGCUUAAGUCACUCCCGUCGGUUAGCAUUAAUCCGUUCGCGUACGAGUACAAUCACCGGCACCACCAACAGCAGCAGCAGCAACAAACGCCCGUGAAAGUAGUAUCCCUUGGUGGAUCGGGAUCACCAACGUCGUACUCGGUGCUCAAUACUGGUGCCUCAGCUGGUACCGAACACGGAAACGAUCACGGAGGUGACAUUUACGAACGACCAAAGUACGCCGUCAUACCCCGGGAACGCGACCAGUACGAACAGCAGGUGCCACAAAGGUUCGCCGUCCUACCACAGAAGCUGUACGGCAUCGAGUUGCACACCAAGCAUGAGGAUGAUGGUGAAUUAUCGUCCGGUGGUAAAUACUUUCUUCCUACGGUAGCUAGUGAGCUUGCACCAUCACGUAAACCUGCACUGUACCAAGCAGUACCGGUCACGUACAAGAAGAAGAUCAUUAAUCCAUUUCUGCCAUCGAACACUAUACCGGGUCCAUUUACACCCAUGACUAGUGGAAGUAGUAGCAGUAGUAAUAGCAAUAGUGGAACUAACUCACUCACCGGUAGUACCCAGCAUCAGCAGGAAGCUGGACGUGGUACGUCUGGAGGGUCACAGAUUUCGUACCUAAAGAAUACAGUUACCGAACAGCCGGCUGUGGCCGUCUACUCAUCGUACGAUCAUGGUGCACCGGUUCAGGAUAAUCGAGCCCAUGGAGAGGUGGUUUCGUCUCCUUACGUAGUAGUUAAAACUGUUCCUAAAUUCUACUACGAAAAACCAAGGAUUUCAGCAUCUACACCGACCCCAGUUCCUUACCAGGUGUACUACAAAGAAAAGCCCAGCGAAGGUCGCAAACAACACUCCAAUCACAGUGGUUAUACAAGGCCACGGAUACCUGGAGUGAUGCCGGUAAGAAUUUCUGUCGAUCCACACAAUCACGCUGGUGAGACGCAACCGGAGCAACCGUCUGGGUCGUACUACAAAAUUGGACAGCAGUUGUAUAAGGUACAGGAACACUCGCCUGCACCAACAAAACUUCAAUCGUUACCACCUCCGAGGCAACAUCUGACAGAAACGAUCUUACCACAACACACACCGCAGAAGGUAGUCGUGCCCGAACUAAAUAGUGGCAAGAGUCCAUCCGUUUCUGGGCAGUAUUAUAUUGGACCCAACUACAAGGUGUAUAAGGUACCGGCUGUUAAACAUCAUCACGUAAUGCCAGAACAAUCGUAUGUCCCGUAUUCACACGCUCCACAGCCGGUGGCAACGUACUCCAGCACAACUCCAAGACCUGUAAGCUAUUCUUCGGUGUCGCCUGUCAGUACGGUGCCUCCUCCAGUACACGAAACGCCACUAUAUCCGAUUUAUCAUCAUCAACCUUCGAAACCGGCCAGAAACAAUCGUACAGAGUAUGCAAAUCGGCAACGAUUUUACCCUCAAUCGAUGCGUCAUCCAAGUCAGCACAAGCCAAGACCCAUUCCGCUAGCUCCUGUGGCGGAGCGUGAGCAAGCUUUAGGCCUACCAGCCGGUGCAGCUACUGGAUCCCUGUCCGAUUUGCUUAAGAAUCUCCAAGAUAGUAAUCUUCUCCCGAAAACACUCACACCGGACAACAUAGACAACUCCAUUCGAACUUUGGUGAAGAUUUUGAACAAUCUGAAAGCGAACGGUCAUCAUCGUCCGGAAGUAGAGCGGCCCGAGCUGGUAGAACCAGCGUACGAGCACCCGAACUACACAACCGUUGAGCCAGAAACGUAUGUCGAUACGGAUAAGUACCGGGCAGGGCCGCCGAUGUUGAUCAACAAGAUUGUAUCACCUGGACCGAACACCGGAAAACCCGGAAUUGAUUACCCUGCCCUGGCAGAGAUCCCGGAAACGAGCUUCAAAUGUAAGGAUCAACGGUACAAGGGUUUCUUUGGUGAUCCGGAGACGAACUGUCAGGUGUGGCAUUACUGCGAUCUUAACGGUGGUAAAGCAUCCUUCCUGUGUCCGAACGGAACCAUCUUCAGUCAGGUUGCUCUGACGUGUGAUUGGUGGUUCAACGUUAAAUGCUCCACAACUGCGCAACUGUACGUGCUAAACGAACGCCUUUACAAGUACAUUCUACCAUUCACACCCAAGUUCCCCGAAGACUACAGUGGACCACUCGUCGAUAAAUAUCUUGCCCUCAAAUUCCAAGAGAUGGAAGAAAAGAUGAAGCAGCAACGUGCCAAGGGAGCUAAGCAAGGAUCGAUCGAAAUCCCGAAUGCGGUCCCGGAGAACGAUGAAGUUAACGGCAACACGCUAGAAGACAACGAUGAGCGGUACAAUCAAAAUCAACCCUAUCCGAUUAAAUACGUCACUACGGAAGCGGUCCCAGAACGUGCCUCAGUGACACCGGCGACCCAUCCCAAACCAGUCGUUUCGGUGCCAUCAGCUCCCUCAUCUUCCGUGCCAAUCACGCUCGAAGAUAUUGAUGCGGAACUUCAGCGUGGUAAUAGCGGCGGUGGAAUGAUUGAGUCUUCCAGUCCUACCAGCAGCACUUUGGGUCCUUCCGCUAUGGCAAGCAUGUCCGAAGAAGAGGAGCAAGAUAAUGGAAGGCCACCGGCUUCGUCCAUGUUUAGGACAUCUUCCGUCCCAACCACCACAACGCUCAUUAUCGCAACCGAAGAACCUCCGAUCGAUCCGUUCCGAUCAGAGGAAGAUAUGGCGAUCGAACCUGAAGGUCGGGAAGAGGACGACUACACGAACGUGUUGAACACGGAACAUCCAGUGAGUGUGGCGGCACUGCAUAGCCACCCAACGGUGGCACCGAUAGUGAGCAAGAUUCGCCGGAUCGAGGUUAAAAACGAUGGUACCAGUGGCCAUCUUGUACGGAAUCCUAAUUACGAUCGAAGAAGGAAAAGGUGA